GCACCAUGUCGUUUGGCCAAAUAAAUCUGUUUUCUUUUAACCAUAACAAUGGAGUUCAUACUGAAACAAAAACUACGUAAUGAUGAAUAAUACGAACCUUUAAUAGAUUUGAUCCCACUCACCACCGUAACUGACAGACAGGUAAAAACAAAAAGAAUAAAUUGAAGACCACAAAAAAAAAACGAAAAUACGAAACACUGACAAAUGAACAACAAACCAACGAACCACAACAAAAUAAACUGUUCCAAAUGUGGGGGGACAUCACAGUGACUCGCUCACUCAUUCUCCCCCAUUCGCCAGCGAGAGACUUAAUCGGACUAUAUACGGUUGACUUCUCAACAGAGUUCCGCUAACCGUCAAGUUGUGCGGUGGUUGUUUUCAGUCGGUCGGUCGCUUUAUCGUUUUUCAUCAAUGUUCGGCAAAGUGUUCCGCUGCAAUUCAAUAUAUCGUGCCACCAGUGAAAUGGGGAAAUUUUAGCAGUUUUUUUAACGCUGUUGUGUCAGUCAUAGCAUUGGUGUUUCAGUGCGAAGUGUUGUUAGAAAACCAAAAAUAUGAAUAAACAAAAUGUCAUUUUUGUGAAAUUCAAUUCAUAAAAAAGAGAAGAAUGUAAAAAUCCCAUUCUCGUGAAACUGAACAAGAAUUCUUAUUGGAAUUAUCGAUUAAACAAAGCUAACGUUACAAAUAAGCUAUUACAAAAACGUCCAUCCGUUCGUAUUACGUGCAUGUGUUUGUAUAUCCGGACAAUCAAGUAUCACAAGAUUUAAACGGUUCAAUUCUAAACCAAAAGCAAUUAAUGCAAGCUAAAGCUGCAAGAUUUACAAAUAAACUACCUCUACCCUCCACAUCGUCCAAUAUUUUAAGCAUGGACUAUUUACAAAGUCUUUAUGCCCGCAUAAUGGGUAUUAAUUUCCAGGAAAUUGGUACCUUUGCUUUUUCAUCCAACGACUCCAUACCACGCAAAGUUGUUGCCUUUGGCAAUGUUUUACUCGACCAGACAGCCCAUUUGCCAGACACCCAAUUGUUGGAACGCUACAAAUUAUCUUUGAAUACCAGGGCAGAACUAGAUGUGGAGACCUUAGCCAAGGUGACAACCGAGGCCAUCAGCGACAAUAACAACCAGCAACAAGAUCCCCAUUUGGGCGGAUCCGCUUUAAAUACAGUUCGUAUACUCAAACGUUUGGGCACCGAGCCAAUGUUUUUCGGUGCCGUCGGUGAUGAUAAACAUUCCGUAAUUGUUGAGGAUCUGUUGAAAAAGGAUGGCAUGGAUAAUGUCAAUUACAGAUUGCAAAAAGUGGCCGAUACACCUACGGGCCGGUGCAUUUGCUUGGUACACAAAGACUCGCUGGCGCUGUAUGCCAACAUUGCAGCAUCGGCGAAAUUCUCGGAAAACUUUUUGCGAAAAAUCGAACAGGAUGAGAAAGCGUUUUUCCUACGCAAUGCCGGCAACAAGCAAAUCUUCUACAUAGAAGGCUUUUUUGUGCCUCACCGUGAGGAGGUGGUCACAUAUGUGGUGCGCAACUACAUACGCGGCAGACGGCGACUGGCUGUUAAUCUGAGUGCUCCUUACAUAGUCCAAGCGAAUUACGAACAAAUGUUGUAUUUGGUGAAGAAUGCGUUUUUCGUAAUUGGUAACAAGGAUGAGUUCGAGACAUUCCGGGAAUGUUGGGGUGCCCAAAGUAUUGAUGACUUGGCUCAGGAACUAUUAAAACAAAGUCAGACACCAAAAAUACUAAUUAUGACCAAGGGAGCUAAGGGUGUAACUCUGAUAACAAACUACCAAGAUGAAUUCUCACCGCCCGGUGAGAUAAGUUUUGAAAACUACAAUGUCCCGCGUGUUGAAAACAUUGUUGAUACAACGGGUUGUGGUGAUGCAUUUGCUGCAGCGUUCCUACACGCUUGGCUGGAGAAACGACCGUUGGGCGAGUGUGUUCGAGUGGCCGGAGAUGUUGCGGCCAAAGUUGCUACACAAGUUGGUUGCAAUUUGCCUUAAGUUUUUUUGGUUUUGUAGCUUGUAAUGGUGCUUUGGCACUUAAGAUGAUGCUGUGACGAAAAUAUUCAUUGCAAAAUGCUAGAUUCCUGGAGAACCUUAGUAUUUGUUUAAUAAUAUUAUUAUUUUUUAAAUUUAUUUAUAUACACAACAUACAUUGUUUGUCAUGCUUUUACUCUUACAUUGAUAUUUUAUUUUAUUUUAUUGCAUUACAACAACACAUUUGAAUCUCCAAGCAAUUAUUUACAUACAUACAAAUAUAUCUCAUUUGUCAUUUAAAGAUUUUCCAUUAUUCAUUGGUAAUUCUCAUAAUUUAAACAAUAAAUAAUUUUAUACUUAAA